ACUAGGUUGAGAAUGAAACACUUAACAUGUAGGUAUCCUCCUACUUCAUAAUCCUUGACCUUGCUGUUAAUGAUUAGGCUAUACCAGUACUAUUUAUUACUACCUACCAGCAUGCCACAAAUCAAUCUCAUCUACAAAAAAGGGCAAAGUGAGACAAAAAAAAUUGAGCCAUUCAAAAUCAACAUUCCAACGCAAGUUAUAGAAGAUUUGAAUGAGAGACUUGAUAAGAGCAGAGAACUGACUCCACCUCUGCACGACUCAGCCUUCACCUACGGUUUCAAUUCCAACAAAUUGAAAAGCAUCAUACACUUCUGGAGAAAUAAAUACAAUUGGCGUCAGAGAGAAAAAUAUCUGAAUUCUCUUCCCCAGUUCAAGACUAAUAUUGGUAGUGUGGAAAUUCAUUUUAUUCAUGCGAAACCAUCACAACAGACAAAGUUGAAAACCGUUCCAUUGAUACUUCUCCAUGGUUGGCCUGGAUCAGUGCGAGAGUUCUAUGAGUUGAUUCCGCUGCUCACAACUCCACAGAAAGACAGAGAUUUUGUGUUCGAAGUGAUCGCCCCCUCUCUGCCCGGCUAUGGGUUCUCCGGAAAACCAACUGAGAAGGGUUACAACACCGUCAUCUUUGCGGCGAUGAUGAAUGACUUGAUGGUGAAGCUCGGAUUCCAGAAAUACUAUGUCCAAGGUGGUGACUGGGGGGCAGCCAUUGCAGCUAAUAUGGCGAUACUCUAUCCAGAAAGGGUUUUAGGUCUCCAUUCAAACAUGUGCUUUGUCAACUCACCAUUGGAGAAACUCAAGAAGAUGAUUGCAAGCAUUUACCCAAGCUUAUUUAUUGAAGAGAAGUUCAUCAGCAAAGUGUAUCCUGCAAAGGAGCAUUUCUUUGAACUCAUGCUGGAAUCUGGAUACUUCCAUCUUCAAGCCACGAAACCAGACACAAUUGGAACGGCAUUAACUGACUCACCGGCUGGACUCGCUGCGUAUAUACUGGAAAAAUUUUCCACUUGGACAAACAAGAAAUACCGAGACUUUCCUGAUGGAAAACUCGAAGAGAAGUUCACUCUGACUAAUUUACUCGAUAAUGUUAUGAUCUACUGGGUGACGGGAACUAUAACAUCUUCGAUGAGAUUGUACUCUGAAGCUUUUGCUUUAAACAGCACAUCGCAUGAUCUUGACAGGCAACCUGUUGUAGUGCCAACUAUUUGUGCCAGAUUUCCACAUGAGGUGAUCUUCCAACCUGAGUUCAUUCUGCGAGAGAGGUACGUAAACCUGACUCGUGUAACGGAUCCUCCCAGAGGCGGCCAUUUUGCUGCGUUUGAAGAGCCUCAACUGAUGGCUGAAGAAAUAUUCUCAGGUUUCGGUGAAAUUCAGAGAAGAUACUAUUCUAAACAAUAAUAAGAUUGUUAAAGAACGUCUCAAGUACCGUACAAAAAAGUUUCAUUACAAUCAUCAUAAUAUAUAUUGUUCGUGUCCUAUAAGUUUGAAGUGUUAAAAAAAUCUAAUGAGAAAAAUGAUUCAUGAAUAACAGUGUCGUAGGAGAAAUUUGGAAGAUUGUACGGGAUAUUUCUACAAGCGCUUGAGGAUUGCUACUUCUGUUUCAUGUAUGUCAUUACAAGAAUUGAUAUACUAAUAUUAUCUUGUUAUAAAAAUAAAAAAUAUUUUCUAGAUUAUAUUUUCAUUUUUAUAGAAUGGAAUGUAAAUAAUAAAAGAAAAUCACCCCACUGCUCAAAUUAUCAGAAAUGUUGAUCAGGAAAUCCUACAAUUUCACAAAGAAGUGGAUAGACAAGUACUUUCAACAUAAUAUCUUUUUUAUAAUUAUUAAAAUAUUCUUUGUUACCCUACCAAUAAACUAUUAUUGUACGAUAA